GACCUUUAAUAAAUUGUCAACGGUCUGACAGAAGUUUGAGGUUAGAAACGAAAAUUGAUUAUUUUUCAGAUGUGAUCCAACAAAAAUUUGUGUAAAUAAUUGAAAAAUCACAAUGCAUUGUAGAAAGAACUUAUGACAUGAUAUUUUCCUUCCUCCCUUAAUAUAAUGGCUUGGUAUUGGAGGGCUCUACGUGUUAGAAAAUUACUCUGCCCAUCUGUAAGAAACUUUUAUUUAAAAUGUCGUAUUACCUACCUUUCACUUACUUACAAUCAUUUUAUGGAUGCAAGUUAUAUGGCCGAUGUGUGUAUGGGUCCAAUGUUUUGGUUUGUUGAUACAUUUACCCAUGCUAUUGGAAAACUUUUAGUGGCAGCUGUAAUAAGCUUAACAGCAUCAGUUAUUUUUAUUGCCUAUUGGAUUGGUAUACCAUAUUGGUGGAAGAAAAACCAUUACGCAUGUAUCUUUCUAGUCACUUUAGGUCACUGGCUGUUAGUAAAUAUUUGUUUUCAUUAUUAUAUGGCCUGCACAACACACCCAGGAUUUCCACCAGAAGGUGAAUUAAUAACUGAAGCUGUAAGCAUAUGUAAAAAAUGUAUAGCUCCUAAGCCACCAAGAACCCAUCACUGCUCAGUAUGUAAUCGGUGUAUUUUAAAAAUGGAUCAUCACUGUCCUUGGUUAAAUAAUUGUGUAGGUUAUAGAAACCACAGGUAUUUCUUUAUGUAUAUGGCAUAUAUGGUGGUUGGGGUGAUAUAUUUAAUUAUGGCUGGAUGGGAACUUGUCUAUAACUCCAUAAUGCUAAGUGAAGAUGGUUGUGAUGAACUAGAAUUAGAAGGUCAUUCUGUAAAAAUAAAUAAGACUGGUGCUUUAAUACCAGUGACAGGCACAGUGAUAUUAGAUUCUUCAUUUCUGGAGGAACAUGAAUUAGAACCAGUGAAUCCUUACAGAAGAAAAGCCCUUAUCUAUAUGGCAUUAAUAAAUUUAGGUGUUUUAUUUGCUUUAGGAGCCCUAUCAGUUUGGCACUCUCUUCUCAUUACUAGGGGUGAAACAAGUAUAGAAGCAAACAUUAACAAAGCUGAAACUUUAAGGCUGAAAGAACAAGGCAAAACUUAUAGAAAUCCAUAUAAUUUUGGACCAAAAAAUAAUUGGAUUUUGUUUCUUGGUCUUGUUGAAGGAAGGGUUUUUUGGAAACAUAUUCUUUUUCCAUCAACACAUGAACCUAUUGGUGAUGGAUUAUUAUGGUCAACCAUUCAUGAUGAUGAGAAAGCAGUAGAGCAAGAAGAAAUUUUUAAGCUAUGCAAAAUGAAAAUCCAUGAUGUAAAUAAUGUGGAAGAGGUGAUAUUAAAUAAAUAGAAAAUAGUUUUUCUACUCAAUUUCAUGCAAAGCACCAGUCUUAUUUAUUUUUACAUAAUUAAUAAUGUAUAAUUUUGUGCUUUUUUAUAAUAUACUGAUUAUAUGCGGAAUAAUUAAUAUAUACUUAUAAAAAUAGAUACAUUUCUAAAUAUUUUUAAAUCACAAAUUAAUUGAUCAAUUAUUGAAUGUUAUUCAAGUAAAUUUCCUGUUAAAAGUUGGAUUUUUAUGUAAAUUACAAUUGCAUUGUUUUAUUUUAUAUUAUGCAUUUAGAUCAUUGUUUUACAACUAUUUAUUGUCGGUGUAGCAUUUAAAGACCUACAAGUGUACAAAUACACAACUACAUUUUUUAAUGUGAGAGAAAUUUUAUUAAUUUGGAUUUGAUGGAUUUAAUAAAAGUAAAAGGAGAAUUUGAACUGCAACAACUUAUGAUUAUAAUUUUUUUUAUAUCUAAAUUAAUUUCUAAUAUUUUUUACGUACAUGUUAAUAAUUAAAAAGAUAUACUUCCAACUGUUAUAUAUUAAAUUAGUGUUAUUUAAUUGACAAGCUUUUAGCUUCAUUAACAAUUUUAAUUAUUUUAAAUAUCUCCAAAUAUUUUCCAAUAUAAUCACGGGUACUGGGUGUCCAAAAUGAGGAGUAAGUGAUAAACUUUAAUGACUAUAUUAUAUUGCUAAAAGUAAGAACAUAUUGGUAUAUGCAUGUUAGAUAUAAAAAUCAAAUGUUUUUACUGUGCACUUUGUAAUAUUUUGUUGAAAUUAUGUUCAGAGAAUUAUGGACACCAUCUAUGUACAGGGUGGUCCGAAUUGUUAUUCGGGAAACUUCCGCAGCAUAUUCUGCAAAUAAAAAUAAGUAAAAAAGUUUGAUAAAUGUAUGUCCUAAAAUGCAUCGUUUCGGAGGUACAGGGUGUAGAGUUUCAUUUUUAUUUUAGUUUUAUCCAAAUCAUUUCUGAACCACCGUUGAUAAUUGGAUGAAAAUUGUUAUCUGGUUGUUUUUUGACUUGAUAAAUUUUAUUUCAAUGUCAAUAUGACUCCUACUGGUAGGUGGCGCUGCCUACAUGUUUUUUAACCGAUUUGAAGAGUAAUGAUUUUUCGUCCGUACCGGUAUAAAAUUUUUUUCGAUGUAUAUUUUUUCACUCAGUACCUAGUGUUAUACAGGUACGGACGAAAAGUUAUUACUCUUCAAAACAGGUAAAACAUAUGUGGCUCCUGAGUCAUACUGACAUCGAAAUUGAGUUUAUCCUAUCAAAAAAACACGCAGACACCAAUUUUCAUCCAAAUAUCGGCGGCAGCUGAGAAACUAUCUGGAAAAAAUCGAAUAAAAAAUGAAACUGCUACACCCUGUAUCACCGAAACGAAGCAGUUUAGGACAUAUAUAUUUAUACGAACUUUUUUUACUUAUUUUUAUCUGCAGUAUACCAUUCAGACCACCCUGUAUAUUCUGGAUAUAUGCAUUAGUUAUCAAACACAUUAUUUUAUUUAAUUUUAACACAUUUUUAUUUGUAUAGUCUUUGACAGGUAUCUGCUAGUUUUAAGUUUUAUUUCUGUACAAAUUGACUGUUAUAAACACCAGAGAUGACACAACUGCUGUGAAAAUCAAUUUUUUGUUUAUUAAAUUUCUAAAAUUAUCUUUUUUAUUAAAUCUAAUUUAUAAACAGUAAAUGUGAUAUGUGCUUCAAAUCUCUGGUUUUUUAUAUUUUUAGGAUACAUUUGUAUAAUUUAUUUUAUAUGAAGGCUAAUACAUAUUGUAAUAGAAAUGAAAAAUAUCGUAAAAGAAAUGAAAAAAAAAGGCAAAAAAGGCUAAUUAAGAUAUGAUCCUUUCACUAAUAAGUACAAGGUAUUGUUAUUAUUAAUAGAAUGUCUAGGGCGUGGCUUGAAGUAAAACAUUCUUUAUUUAUUAUUUUAUAAUUAAUUCUAACAUCAAAGAUAUUCAGAUGUAGAUUACUAUGUUCUUGUCAUACAAGAGUUGUUUUACAUAUACAAAUAUGUAUUACUUAAGUAGUGUACGUACUUUUUUACCUUCCAAAGAAAAACUUCCUUAAUUUUGUUGAUUUAGUAAUAUAAAGACAUAGGAUAAGAAAAGGUUUGGAGACAGAUUACAUUAUUGUCAAUGUAUUAUUACCAUUCUUUGAGAUAGAGUAACAUAAAUUUUAUAUGUAUUCCCACUGUGAUUGUACUGUAAUUAUGAACUAUUCAGCUAACUAUAAAAAUGUUCCAAGAAUAAGUUACCUUUUGUUACUGAAUUCUGUUUAUUAUCAAUAUAGGAUGCUCAAUGUAGAAUAUAUUAAAAUACAUAUUCCUUUUUGUUUUA